AUAGGCCAAGUUCAUGAAAUUUGUAUGUGUCGGCUACAGGACCAUAGACUUAGGGCAGGGCUAGGCGGAUGUUUGUUAUGUCACGAUGUUUAAAAAAAUCAUGAUCAGGCUGAUGACAAUACUGUCAGUUAUCAUGGUUGUGGAAAAGCAGGUCGACGGAGUUACCGGUGUUGACCUUGGACUUGGUUUUAAACCAAAUGUUCUGUUCCUGGUAGUUGAUGAUUUCCGACCAGCCCUUGGAAGUUAUGGGGAGAAAGUGAAGACACCUAAUUUAGACCAACUAGCUGCCCAGUCAAUUAGGUUCACAGAUGCGCGUGCACAGCAAGCUGUGUGUGCUCCAAGCCGUAUCUCUUUCCUUACUGGGAGACGCCCAGAUUCUACCUUACUGUGGGACUUCACGUCAAGCUACUGGCGGCAGGCAGCUGGAAAUUACACCACAUUACCACAACACUUCAAAGAAAGUGGAUAUUACACUUUGUCAGCUGGCAAAGUUUUCCAUCAUGGUCCAUGUUCAAACUUUACUGAUGACUAUCCUUUGAGCUGGUCUAUCCCUUGCUACUGGCCAUCAACAAAGAGGAACAGCAAAUUAAAGGUGUGUCCUGGAGCAGAUGGUCAUCUCCACUACUACACCAUGUGUCCUGUUAAUGUCACCCAAGUGCCUGAGGGAACUCUUCCGGACAUUCAAAGUACUGAAUAUGCCAUUUCUAGUCUGAAAAGUUUGUCUUCAAAAGGAGGGAAGAAGCUGAGCCACCAUGUCAAGCCAUCAUUUAUCAAUCCAGCUCCACACACUCCAUUUUUUAUGGCAGUGGGGUACCAUAAACCACACUUGCCAUUCAGGUACCCAAAGGAAUACAAAUCAUUGUACCCUUUGGAUUCAAUGAGUAUGGCCCCCAACCCAUACUACACCAAAGGCCUGCCCCCGCCAGCCUGGGAACAUUGGAAUGAUGUUCGAGUUGGUGAAGAUAUUCCACUUUCCAAGGACAAGCCAUACUAUGGACCGUUGCCACCCAAAUACCAUCUUCUGAUGCGGCAGUCAUACUUUGCAGCUACUUCCUAUGUGGACUAUGAAAUUGGCCGUGUUCUAUCAACACUGGAGGAAGAGGGAUUUGCGGAUAGCUCAAUCAUUGCAUUAGUUGGUGAUCAUGGCUGGCAGCUUGGAGAGCACCAGGAGUGGUCAAAGUACAGCAACUAUGACUCUGCAACAAGAGUGCCUCUCAUGUUCUAUAUACCUAAGGUUACCGACAAACACUGGCCACAUCAGCACAAAUUCCGUCUUAUUGACCCACUUGACAGAAUCCAUCAGACUGAACAACAGGAUGCAUUUGACAAUGUCACACCACAGUACAAUCAAUCACUAGGGUUUGUAAGCAAUGCUUUAGUUGAGCUUGUUGAUAUUUUUCCAACACUGUCAAAGAUUGCAGGGAUUACUGUGCCCCCAGUGUGCCCCAUAGACACCUUCCAUACUGAUUUCUGUGCAGAGGGUGUUAGCCUUCUCCCUGUUAUAUGUAAUGUCACUGCAACAGUGAAUUGUGGGUUAAUUGUUCGAUGGAAGAAUGCAAGUUUCAGUCAGUACCCUCGACCAACUUUCUUUCCUUCCCAUAAAACUAACACACCCAAGUUGACUGAGAUUAAUUUAAUGGGAUAUUCUAUGCAUACAAAGAAGUAUCGAUAUGUGGAGUGGCUUUCCUUCAACCAUACAGAUUAUGCAGUUAAUUGGACAGAACCUGUGGCAAGAGAGCUUUAUAGUUACAAAGUUGAUCCUCUGGAAAUGCAGAACGUAGCCAAUGCAUCUCAAUAUCGGAACCUCAUCAAAGAGCUCUCUCAACAACUUAGGAGUAACUGGAGACAUGCAUUGCCAGUUCUGAAAAAGAAAACAAAUACAACCGAGUAGAAGCAAAACAAUAUGAGAAAUGACAAACUACAUUAUUUCAAAACAACUCAAGUAAAGGAACGUUUUAGGAAACAUUACCAAAUUUGUCAUUUUAAUAAAAAAAAUUCAGGUUUCAGGUUUCAGGUUUAUUUCCAUACUAUAUGGUAAUUAAGUUGAAUAAUAUACAUCAGGUAAACAUUUUAACGAAACUUUGAAAUAAUAGUAUGGGGAGGCCAGACAAGAAGCCGAAGCUUGUACUAGGUCUGCCCCCUUCACAAAGAAUACAUGUAGUUAUACAAUUCAUGAAUAAUCAUAGGAUAUAUCAAUAAUAUGUGAUUACAUUAAAUUCACGAGCUCAUGCAAAACUUUACAAAAAAAGAAUAAGUUACUUGAAGUAAAUUUACCAUCCUUGGCUUUACAUGUGUUGUUAAUAAUUUUACUUGGCAAUAAAGUAAUAAUUUUGCUCUUAAUCACCAUUGAUAUUAGCCGUAGUGAGAAGUAGUUUUUUAUAAUACAAUUUACAUGCUCUAAUUGAGGUCAUUGGGCAGAGAGAUCGAAUUUUAUUCCAAAGGAGGGGCCCCUGGUGUCGUACAGUUGAGAGGUGUAGGGAUGUUCUAACUUUAUUAAGAUGAAGCUUAUUUGACGAUCUUGUGUCGUAAUGAUGAAUAUCUGUGUUCAUUACAAAAAACGAUUUAAUAUUCAAAGGCAGUAUGUUUUUUUCAAAAUUAUACAUUAGAGCACACAAUUUAUAUUUAUAAAGAUCAUAUACAGAUAAGGUGUUGAACUUAACAAAUAGCGGGGCAGAGUGAUCCUUAAAACUAGAACCAUUAAUCAGUCUUAAAGAUUUCUUCUGUAAAACGAGCAAUUUAUCAAGAUAGGUUUUAUGAGUAUCACCCCAGGCAAGUAUACCAUAUUGAAGAUGAGGCAAGGAUAACGUAUUAUAAAUUGAAAAUAGAACACGGGAUGGGACAAAAUAUCUCAGUUUUCUAAGAAUACCAAGGUUGCGAGAUAUAAUUGUAAGGACUUUCUGACAAUGAUUUUUCCACGUUAACUUAUCAUCAAUAAUGACCCCCAAAAACUUACAGGAAUCAACCUUUUCAAUAUGAUGAUUGUUAAAACGAAUCUGAAUACUUUUAUCUACAAUUCGAUUUGUAAAAAACAUCGUAUGUGUUUUCUUAAAAUUCAAAGAUAAUUUAUUACAUACAAACCACUCAAAUACAUUAGUUAGCUCAUUGUUCAAUAUGUCAACAGCAUCAUUCAAAUGUUUACUACUGUAAAAUAUAUUUGUAUCAUCUGCAAAUAAAAGAACGUCAGAGGUCGAGUAGAAUUACAAAUAUCAUUAAUAUAAAUAAGAAAUAAGAUAGGUCCUAGGAUUGAGCCCUGAGGUACACCACAUGUGAUUGGUUUGUAAUUGGACUUUUUAUUUUGCCAGACAACAAAUUGUUUCCUAUUUCUCAAGUAAUCUUUAAACCACUCGAGUUCAGUACCUCUGACACCAUAUGUUUGUAGUUUAUUAAUUAGAAUAUCAUGAUUUAUGGUAUCAAAUGCCUUAGAAAGAUAAAAAAAAAAAAUACCAAUUGUAUGUUCACGUUUGUCCAGACUAGAUGUUAUUUUAUCAACUAAAUUAAUCAAGGCAAGUUCAAUUGAAUAUUUGGCCCUGAAGCCAUACUGAGAUUGUGACAGUAUGUUAAAUUUAGCAAUAUAUUUUUCAAGACGGUUUGCAACUAACCUUUCUAGCAAUUUUGAGAAGCAUGGCAAUACAGAUAUGGGGCGAUAAUUAGUGACAUUGGAACGAUCACCAUUUUUGUAAACUGGAGUAACUUUAGCAGUUUUAAGUUCAUUAGGGACCUCUCCGGGAAUUAAAGAGUGAUUAAAAAUAUCUGUUAAAGGGUGAACAAUAAAAGGAGCAAUAUUUUUUAUCAAAAUAUUAUCAAGUUCAUCAUGACCAGAGCUCUUCUUAUUUGGAAGUUUACUGAUACAAUCAAAUAGUUCUUCCUCGGUGACUGGGCUUAAGAAUAGAGAAUCGGGAAAGUUACCUUUGAUAUAUGUUAUCGGGUCAGAAGUACUAUGUUGUAUCUUAGAAGCUAAAUCUGGACCAAUGUUAACAAAAUGUUGAUUGAAAUGCUCUGCAAUCGUUUGAGGGUCGUUAACAUCAUUAUUGUUUAUUUUGAUCGAGUUAACUGGCUUGAUGUUUUUGCGCUUUUUAUUUAAAAUUUCAUUUAUGAUUUUCCAGGUAUUUUUUAUGUUGUUUUUUUGUUGCUCAAAAGACUCUGAGUAAUAUAUUUUCUUGGAGGCUCUAAUAACGGUGGUUAAUUUGUUUUUAUAUCUGUUAUAUUUGAGUUUGUUGAUCUCAGAAGGUUUUGUAAGAAAUACUUUAUACAGUUUAUUUUUCUUUUUUAUAGACUUGAGUAGACCUUAGAAAUAAAAUGAAUUUUAUAAAAUGGCUUGAA